ACGAGCUUUCUCUGUUUGGUUGCCGAGAAAAUUUACAGAAGGAAAGGAAAAACAUCAAAUAACACUCUCUGUGCUUCAAAAGUUUUGUAGAGUAUAUGGCGCCUUCGAAGGCUUCCAAGAAGCAGCAGAAGCGAGGAGUCGAUUUCAAAAAAAUAAAGCGAAAGAUUGGCAGGAAAUUGCCGCCUCCUAAGAAUGCUACAAAUACUGAAAUCAAGUCCAAAGCAAUAAUUCUUCCUGAGCAGAGCGUGGCAUCGGAGAAGGCUGGACUAGCAGUGAACAAGAAAGGUUUGACUCUGAAGGAACUUCUUCAGCAAACAUCACAUCACAAUGCGAAAGUUCGUAAAGAUGCAUUGGUGGGUAUUCGGGAUUUGUUACUUAAACAUCCAGCAGAGCUGACCUUGCACAAGUACGCCGUGAUUGAAAAACUACGUGAACGUAUUGGUGAUGAUGAUAAAGUGGUUAGGGAGACUCUAUAUCAACUUUUUAAGUCAGUGAUUUUCCCCGACUGUAAAGAGGAUAAUCAAGGGGUUUUCAUCUCCUUGUUGACGGCCUACAUUUUUAGUGCAAUGACGCAUUUAGCAAUUGAAGUUAGGUUGAUGGCUUUUAAAUUUUUUGACCUUGUUGUCCAGUACUAUCCAAAUUCCUUUUUUCUGUACGCUGAAAAGAUUCUUCAAAACUAUGAGGAUAUUUUGCGGAGGAACAAGUUCUAUUUACAGGAAAAGGGCAAGCUCAAGACUGCUCUUUCUGGGUUGGUGCGCUGCUUGUCGCUGUUGCCAUGUGAGAGGAGAGAAGCUGACUCGUGUGAAAAAAAGGAUGCCGGACAAAGAGUGUUGCAUGCCUUUGAGCCUGAUUUGCCUACCGAGUCUGAUGGGUAUGCUGUCAUCAUCCCGAAAGUUAAAGAGCUUAUUCCAGUUUUAGUAAAUUGUUUUGAAGAAUUUAUUCCUGGGGUUCAGGCUGUCCCAUCUCUUGAUGCUCAAUCUUUUGAUUGUAUGCUAUCUUUACUACAGAGCAUGGAUCAUUCAAUCCGGUUCUUUCUUCAUAUUACUGGUGGGGGUAAUUUAGAAUCAGAGCCUUCUCCUGGAGGGCUUGAGGCGGACAUAUGGACUGAAACUAUCUCCACUCUCUCCAAAGUCUUAUUAAAGAAGUUACUAGUCCUGUUUCCUCUUAAUUCCAUCCACCAGGUUUCAGAGAAGAGUGAUGAAAGAUAUUUUACCUUGAACACUGCAAUUGCAGAAAUAUUUUUUCACUUGAGCGAAUGGACCCUGCCUCCGGCUGUUUCAUUGGAAACAUUUUUAGAAUUUAUUGAAAGUGCGCUGCUUGGAAAGAUCUAUGGUGGCAAUUCUGGUAAAGCAGUGAAGGAGAAACAUUUACUUACACUUCUUCCUUUUAUUCCAAAACUUGUUUCACUAGCAGCAGGUGAAUGGAAGCCUCGGCUUCUUCAGGCAUUCACUAAGGCAUUCACUAAGGCAUUCAUGGAUUGCAAUUUAGAGUCGGCGCUUAAAUUAGCUUGCCUUUCAACAAUUGAGGAAAUGCUAAUUCCUAGGGAAGACAUGAUGUUCUCAGAGACAAGAGUUCCAGAAAUUCUGGACCAUCAGAUUGCUUGGAUAAGAGAGCUUCCCGUGUUAUUGAUGCAGCUAGGUGAUAAACACCAGUCUUCUUCUCAGGCUGUGUUGCGCCUUCAGCUAAAAGUUGGACAAUGUGCUUUAUUGAACCGUUCCCUUGCAUGGGAAUAUGAUAACAUGCAAUAUUCGCUGAAAGAUUUUUUCAGCACAUGUCUAGAUGAUGGAAAUAUAUGCUAUGGCCCUUUUGUAAAGCUUGCCAGUGAUUGUCAAGAACUUUCUCUCUGUUGCAUUUAUUACUUCUCUUUUCUGGAUUCGCCAUUGUUGAAGUCAAUAUCUUCUUGUUGCCUGUGUCCUGAUCUGGAACCACCAACAUUAUUGCGAAUCCUAGAGGUUCUAAAUUCAGUGUACAAAGCUGGGCGAAUUCAGAUUGCAGACCAUAUUAGUUUCUUCACCACUUUGCUCUCACAUUUUAGAGUUUUUCCUGAUAAUAUUUUUCCUGUUACGGAGAAUGAUGCCAAGAUUUCAAAUCGCGGGACGUUUAAGUCAGUUAUUAGCAUUGUUUGCUCAUACAUAUCACAGAUGGGUGAUAAUUCUCUUGUUUUCGAGAUACUAGAGAAUGUAGUACUUGAGCAGAUAACAUUAAGGCCUCCUUUAGACAAUGUCUGUGCUCUUCUCCGAUUGCUAGCCACACUGGACUCAAAACCCACAAGACUUAACGAACAGAGUAUAACAUCUUUAGGGAAUUUGCUCUCUGGAUUUCUGAUUGAUAUUGCACUUUGUAUUCCCGAAGAUGAGAAUUCAAUUUGUUCAAGAACAUGGCAUUACUAUCUCAUUCCUUGCUUCACGCUGUUCGAUAAAAGUCACAGGCUAUUGCAGCUCGUCCUCCGAGCCUUGGGGUCGUUGAUAACUCGAAUUAGUUCUUUGUCUCCUCAUGAUCAGAAUCAAUAUGCGAAAGACUGUUCAAGUACAAUUGAUGCUGCUGUCUCUGUUCUACUUUCAAUGCACAAGGACGUAAAAAUUCGGCGGAUUAUUUCUUCAUUCAAGGAAGAUAUUCACGAUAUUUUUCAGAAAAUAGUUUGUUUACAGUCCUCGGAAGAAAUCAGACUGACCCUCGAGGAAAGGCAUAAAGUGCAAUGCUCAGUUGAUAAACUAACGGUUGUAACAAGUUCAUUGGAUAAGAUGCUGCUGACGACCUGAGAGAACGUGCAUUGCAAGUAGCUUGUAUUUUUAUUGUGGUGUCGCUUAACUAGAGCCGAGGAUGGUAGUAGUUGGGGACGAGCAUACGUUGUUGGUUUUUUUUUUUUUUUUUUUUUUUUCGGACAUUGGUUGCCAUAAGUUUGGAGGACUUCGCAUGUAUUUGCUGAUUUAGUUUAUGUGGCCACCAUUUUGGAGAGUUAUCAUUGCGUGGCAAGGCAUGUCUCCGUAUGUAUCGGCUUCACGUCACGAGAGACCAAAGGAAAAGAGUCGUGAAAUGUCUAGCUUGAUUUAGUGUUUUGGGAGAUGGCGUGGCUAAUUUAAGUCUCUUGUUCUUGAUGAGUUUUUGUAUAGCUCGCUACUUAUUUAUUUAUUUGUUUGUUCUUUGGCGGGGAACACAUAAUUACUUAGAUAAUUUUGUUGCAUAAACAAUUUUGGUUG